AUGCAGACCUGGAGUGCUCUUGUUGAGGCUGUAUCCCAGCCACCACUUCAGCUGCAGCAGCCCCCUCCCAUCCCCCUCCCAUCCCCUGGCCAUCCCCCUCCCAUCCCCCUCCCUUCCCCCUCCAAUCCCCCUCCCAUCCCCCUCCCAUCCCCCUCCCAUCCCCCUCCCAUCCCCCUCCCAUCCCCCUCCCAUCCCACCCCCAUCCCCCUCCCAUCCCCCUCCCAUCCCCCUCCCGUCCCCCUCCCAUCGCCCUCCCAUCCCCCCCCCAUCCCCCUCCCAUCCCCCUCCCAUCCCCAUCCCCCUCCCAUCCCCCUCCCAUCCCCCUCCCAUCCCCCUCCCAUCCCCCUCCCAUCCCCUGGCCAUCCCCCUCCCAUCCCCCUCUCUUCCCCCUCCCAUCCCCCUCCCAUCCCCCUCCCAUCCCCCUCCCAUCCCCCUCCCAUCCCCCUCCCAUCCCCCUCCCAUCCCCCCCCAUCCCCCUCCCACCCCCCUCCCAUCCCCCUCCCAUCCCCCUCCCAUCCCCCUCCCAUCCCCCUCCCAUCCCCCUCCCAUCCCCUGGCCAUCCCCCUCCCAUCCCCCUCCCAUCCCACUCCCUUCCCCCUCCCAUCCCCCUCCCAUCGCCCUCCAAUCCCCCUCCCGUCCCCCUCCCAUCCCCCUCCCGUCCCCCUCCCAUCGCCCUCCCAUUCCCCUCCCAUCCCACUCCCACCCCUCUUCCAUCCCCCUCCAAUCCCCCUCCCAUCCCCCUCCCAUCCCCCUCCCAUCCCCUGGCCAUCCCCCUCCCAUCCCCCUCCCUUCCCCCUCCCAUCCCCCUCCCAUCCCCCUCCCAUCCCCCUCCCAUCCCCUGGCCAUCCCCCUCCCAUCCCCCUCCCGUCCCCCUCCCAUCGCCCUCCCAUUCCCCUCCCAUCCCCCUGCCACCCCCCUUCCAUCCCCCUCCCAUCCCCCUCCCAUCCCCCUCCCAUCCCCCUCCCAUCCCCCUCCCACUUCCCUCCCACCCCCCUCCCAUCCCCCUCCCAUCCCCUGAGAGAACGACGGGAGUGA